GCGAGGCUCUCUGGGGUCAGGCAGCCCCGGCAGCCCCCCCGCCGCAGGGAUGAGGUUCCCGCUAGCCCUCUGCCUGGGCUUGGUAGCCCUGGCUGCCGCCAGCCCGACCCCGCUGCAGCGGCGGGUGGUGAAGGAGGUGCUGGAGUAUUUCCACAGCCGCAGCAACGUGCAUUUCUUCUUCAAGGAGCAGGCGGUGGAAGGGGCUGUCGAGCGGGAAGACCCCUCGGGGACGUUCGUCCAGCUGCGGGUCAGCCUGGUGCAGACGGCCUGUAGGAAGAGGGCACCGCGGCGGCAGAACUGCAGGACCGUGGAGAACCAGAGGAAGCCGACCUGCCUGGCUUGCUACAAGUUCGGCAGCAGCGAUGUCCCCAAGGUCCUGGACAAGUACCAGAACUGCGGCCCCAGCCAUCACCUGGCGGUGAAGGAGAUCAAACAGCGAGACGAGGCGGAGUGCCGGGCGGUGGAGGAGGCCGGCAAGUCGUCGGACGCGCUCUACCUCCCCGGCAUGUACGCCUUCUCCAAGGGGCUGCCAGCCUAGGGGACGUCCCCACGUCCCCACGCGGCCACCGCCUGCCCCAGGAGACGGUCACUGCCGCGGGGGAACCAGCCCGGCCCCCCCUCGCUUGCCGACCCCCAGCACCGCGUCA